GAGGCUUUAAAAACGGUGACGAUAGUGUAAUCGUUCUUGCUCUGCCUUUCUAACCUCCACUCAUGUCAGGAACAAAGAAACCAGAAGUUGGGGAUCUCAUAGAAAUCUUUCGUGUUGGGUACGAACACUGGGCCAUAUAUGUAGGUGAUGGCUAUGUCAUUCAUCUUGCUCCACCAUCUGAGGUGGCGUAUGCUGGAGCCAGCAGCGUGAUGUCGGUGUUCCAUGACAAAGCAGUUGUGAAGAAGGAGAAGCUCUCAGUUGUGGUGGGGGAUGAUAAAUAUAUAGUUAACAACCUUUUGGAUGAUGAGUAUGAGCCCCAAGACAUCUGUCUGGUUGUCAAACAUGCUCACCGUCAUGUAGGCAACAUGCUGUCUUACAGCCUAUUCAGCCACAACUGUGAGCACUUUGUCACAGAAUUAAGAUAUGGGAAGCCAAGGUCACGUCAGGUGCGAAAAGCUGUUGGUAUUGGUGUAGCUACUAUUGGAGCAGUUGGUAUUAUUGCUGCGGUGGUAGCAGCAGCAGCAGCGCUGUUGUCUGAUUCUGAAAAAGAGGAAAAAAACAAAUACUGAUCUUUCUUUUAGACUAGACACUUGUACUGUCAGACUUUUGUAUGUGCCUAGUAAAAUGAAUAAAUAAAACCUCUAACUGAAUUAGAAA